UCCUUCCCCCAGCAGUACCCGAAGGCACCCUGGCGAGGCUUCUACCCCGUCAGAAGCCACCACAAGGUCUCGGCCGCCCCUGCGAAGCCUCUUGCGUCAUGCCUGAGGUUGCGGCGGCGCUCGUGGACCUGCUUCAGCGCCUCCCGCAGCCACAGCCCGAGGUUUACAUCGUCUUCGAGAAGGAUCUUGAUCCGUGCGUCCUGGCCUCCCUGUGGCGUGGCGGCGUCCCCCUCCGUGUCGUCGGGGGCGUGGGCGUGUGGUGGGCGCGCCUGGAGGAACUGACGUACCUGGGGGCGUCGCAACACGUGCUGGUGGGCGGCGUUCCGUGGCUCGUCUCUGUCAUGGCUAAGGUCAGGUCACUCUACGACGCUUUCAAAUUAAAUGCGCAGAAAACUCGCUGGUUCUGGGUGGCGAGCGAGUGCCGGGCCGCGCCCCCUCUCUUCCAGGGGCGUCCGGCCUCCAACUCGCCGCAACCUCCUCCCGCGCUUUCUUCCUUCUCCGAGAUCUGCGCCCGCGUCUCUCGGGUCCUGGAGGAGAACGUGAAGGGCGUCCUGCUCGUCCAUUCGGGGAAGUUGGUUUCCAGCGAGGAGGACCUCGAGGUUCCUGCUCCGGCGGGAGACCGGUGAGAGAGUCGCUCUUUUUCGCGCCGAAGGUUUCGAAGCGUGUCGGAGCGAAGAUCGAAAGUGGUAGAUGAAAGGACUGGAUAAUGAUGAAAUGAUCUAAAGAAGAGAAAUAACAACAAAAAAGGAUGAAUGAAAA